AAUUGUUAAACUCGCGCACGUGAUUAUUCGCAAAAUGACAGGGUGUUCGGCACCGUUCUGCAACAAUUCCUCGAAAAAAGGUUACGUUAUGAAAGUUUUCCCAAGAGAUGCAGAACGUCGAGCUAUAUGGGCACAAAAUGUUGACCGCGCAGAUUGGGAACCAACGAACAACUCUUGUCUCUGUGAGGUGCACUUCCCUUCAGAAAUGUGGGAGCGAAGAGCUGACAAGAAACGAAAACUGAAACAGAAUGCAGUUCCGACGAUAUUUGGAUUUUUUUGGAAGAAGAAAGUAACGGAAAACGAGAAGGAGGUGUCACCAAUCAAGGAAGUAUCAAGCGAAGGCAAUAGAGUGGACUAUAUUGUGCGAAGAAAUGAAUCUGAGAGUAAUCAGCCAAUUGACGUUUUGGAUGAAGAAUGCCAGAUUAUAAAUGACUCCAGUGAGACAAAUGAUCUAUCAACGGCACGUGUUGCAGCUACUGUACAACCUGACAAACAAACGGAUGAUGAAACAAUGGAUAAUAAUAUUCAAAAGCAAAAUUGUCAGAUUGCAAAUGAUUCCGAGCCUACGUCACGUGUCUCAUCUACAGGUGACUCUGAUAGAAGAGAGAUAGCAAAAUUAGAAGAAACUAUUCGAAAACAGUAUUUAUGCUUGAUAAAACUAAGGAAGAACAUAAAAGCUCUGAGAAAUACGAUUCAGACGAUGAAAAAUAAGAGUAACGAUAAUAAGUACAAAAAAGCUUUAAGUUCAUUCUUAACUGAAGAUCAGAUUCAAGCUCUGUUUACCGAGACGCGAAGGGUUCGACCAUGGUCGAUGGAGACGAUUAAACGUGCUUUACACUUAAAAUCUGUUUGCGGAACUAACGGUUACGAAGAAUUGAUUCGCCAAGGAAUACCAUUCCCGAGUUUACGGACGUUGAGGCGAAUUAUUUAGAGUAUUUUAACUUUGAACCUGAAAUUUCCGAGUUUUUUAAUGCGUAUUAAAAUGUUCAAAUUUUUUAUACAUUUUAUAGAAUAAAAAGUCUUGCGUUGAAAAAGAAA